UUUCCAGUUCCUUCUGAGUAUAAAUAUAUCAGACUGCAAUCAGGUUUCCUUACCAAUAAUUUACUAGCCAUGCAAAGGAGCUGCCUCACCCUGACUGAGACCUAUGUGGUUUAGUGAAGAUUGAGAAAGAAUAUACAGAAGAUGUGAAGCUAUAUUUAUAUAUAUUCAUUUUGUCAGCCUUACUUUUUCAGUCAUGGUAUGCUGGAAAAGAAAGAAUCUGUGUUGGUGGAAUCUUCGUGGAUUUAUUUGGGGCUGUGUUUUACUUGUUAUUACUACUAUGAUGAGACAUGUUUCACAAAGCCUGGAAUGUAACCUAGAGAAUACUAUACGUGGAACUACUAAAACAUUGAGUGCUAAUUGCAAGAAUCAAUACUAUGAGAUUUUAAGUCUUCCAGCAAAUGGUCAAAAGAACUGCUCAAAAAUCAUAAAAGGGGAUACAGAUGAGGUAAGACAGACUUUAAUAGAAAAUUUAAUUGUUAAAAAUAAGAAACCAACUGUUACUGAAGCAGACUAUUUAACUAUUACAAACAACUGCAAACUAUUUAAAGAAAAUAGAAAAUAUAUAAUGUUUAGUCUGAGUGAAGAAGAAGAAGCGUUUCCUAUUGCCUAUUCUAUGGUAAUCCAUGAUGAUAUAGAAAUGUUUGAAAGACUUUUAAGAGUUAUUUAUAUGCCUCAAAAUGUUUACUGUGUCCAUGUGGAUGAAAAGGCUACUGAUAUCUUUAAAAAGGCAGUGAGAGCCAUCACCUCGUGUUUUGAUAAUGUGUUUGUGGCAUCUAAGCUGGAGAAGGUGGUCUAUGCCUCUUGGUCAAGGGUGCAGGCGGAUCUUAACUGCAUGGAAGAUCUUCUAAAAAGUGAAGUGCAGUGGAAAUACCUCAUUAAUACAUGUGGCACUGACUUCCCAUUGAAAACUAAUAAAGAAAUUGUCCAAAUACUUAAGUUUUUAAAUGGCAAAAACAGCAUGGAGUCUGAGAAACCGCCAGUAUACAAAAAAUGGCGUUGGGAAUAUCACUUCAAGGUUACCAAUAAAGUUGAACGUACCACUAUUAAGAAAACGGCUCCACCUUUUCAUACUGUGAUCUUUAGUGGCAAUGCUUAUAUAGUAGUCACUAAAGAAUUUGUAAAAUCAUUAUUUGAAGAACCCAUAGCUUUACAGCUCAUUGAAUGGUCAAACGAUACAUAUAGCCCUGAUGAAUUCCUUUGGGCUACACUGCAUAGGAUUCCUGAAAUGCCAGGAUACGUACCAGCAAAUAGCAAAUAUGACUCUUCAGACUUAAAUGCAAUUGCAAGGCUGGUGAAAUGGGCAGACCUUGAAGGUGAUAUAAGGAAAGGGGCUCCCUAUACGGAAUGCACUGGAAAACACAGGAGAGCAGUAUGUGUAUAUGGAACUGGGGACUUGAACUGGUUACUACAACAACAUCAUCUUUUUGCUAAUAAGUUUGAUUCAAAAGUAGACAAUCAUGCUAUUCAGUGUCUUGAGGAAUAUCUGAGACAAAAAUCAUUUUAUUAACUAUUUUUUUGAUACAUUUAAUAAAAAUGUCUUCUUAAAAAUGUAACACACAGCAUAUGUAUGCAGUAAAUACACAUAAUACCAUGUCUAGAAUGCAACAUUUGUGAUAGUAUUAUGAAAUAAAACAAUGAAUAAUUGGAGGAUUUCAUCUAGCCUAAAUAAUGAUUACAGAGACUGAAGGAAUACCAGUAAGGUAUUAUCACAUAUGCACAAUAGCAGACCUACUGAAAAGAGGGUCCUGGCGCAAAAACUUUUUUUGGGGCCAUCUACAAAGGUAACUUAGUCAUAAGCAAUAGUAAUACUUUCUUCUUUGUAUAAUGAGUAUUUCUAUGUAUAUACACUGAUAAUGAACAUUCUGCACUUCAUAAUGAUACAUUGUAUUUAUACAAUGGUUACUAUGGCCCCCUAGCACCUGUGCCCUGGUUCCACUGUACCUGCUGCACCAUUGGUAGUUCUGCCCAUGCAUAUGCGCUGCUACAGUUCGUCAGUACAGAAAUGGUACUACUAAAAGGUAAAUGUAACUGUGUAUUUGUUCAACAAAAUAUCAUCAAGGUGUUUUAUUGAAAAUGUGAACAUAUUCAGAUUGGAAAGUGCAGGGGGUUAAAUGGUCAUUAGAGGAAUUCCUUUUCUUUGUUGCAUUUAAAGCAAUUUAUAAUUUAUUAUUUGAUGUUUCUGCAUUAAAAGUCUACUGUAAUAAACCAAUAACAUAUUUAAAAAUUGCA